CGGUCGGUGUUGGACUAAAAACAUGUUGCCCAGCCAGGAACAGCUUCAGUCGUUCGGGAAGUCUCGUGCGGAUAAGACAUGGGAAAGUGAGUUCAUACGUCGAACGCCGGCCAGGUUGAGUUCCUCGUGAGUUACGGAAAAUCGAAUGGAAAUAGUGAGGGUGGUCGAACUCAUCCAGAAGCUGAAAGGCAACGUUUUAUCAUCAUACAAUUCGUGACAUGGAGGACGAUCCUCCAACAGGUCCUUCACAGGACAUUCUCGGCGAACGAAUUACCUUUGUGGUGCCGUCAAGCUCAGACUUUGAAAGGAUCACGGGUUUUAAGAAUUUCACAGCUUUAUGGAGUGUUGGCGGGAACACAUUCGGUGGUGCGAGUAGUGGCAAUGCAGUGGGCGGUGUGGGUAGUGGAGGUCAUUCAAGUGUUUCAUUGUCUGAUGGAUAUGGAUUAAGUGCCGGUGAUGGCGGCAGUGAUAGCGAUACCAAUGGGUUGCAUAGUCUCUUUGCAAAACUAUCGAACGGGAAUGCAGAGGACUUUCAUCAGAUCCUGAAUUACCUGUGGAUUGGUGCUGUUGUGGCUCUUGUGGUUUUGUCAUUGAUUUUUAUUGUCUUCUCGUUCUAUUUCUACCGGAAAUUUGUCGAAUGGAAAAAAUGCAAUAAGGAUAUUCAAUCACAAAUCCCGAAUGAUUUACAACAACCGUACGGAGCCGAGGAUGUUUUCUGCAAGAUAGAGUCACCGCCGUGUUACACAAUAGCGACAGGACUGCCGACUUACAGUGAGGCCCUCCUCCUGUAUUCACAGCAGUAUGAACAUCAACUGGGUUAUCUGUGGCUUCCGUCAUUGUGGAAUCAUCACUCGCAACAAGGCGAACUUCAGCAACGACAACCGGAGAACAUUAAAGCAACAGCAAGCGAACCGGUCAGCCGGGAAGACGACAACUUCGCGGGCUGCAGUGGCCUAUCAGUCGUGGGAGGAAACCUCGGGCUUCCAACUAAGGAUAGUGAUAACGGCCACAGAAUGCCUGGCACCAUCGGCUCAGUUCGCGAAGUUACUAUUCCUAGUCAAAGUUUAGAAAGUGGCAACAUUCUGACGGAAGUGGUAGUCGCAUCCUGAUAUGAAAUCCAGCGAUGUAGCCCUGCUUCUGGGAAGGGACGAAAAACACUCGAGCACUAAUUCGAUUGUACAGAGAGACUGAUUUUUUUCGUAUAUGCAUAUAUCUGUGUAUGCCGCCUUCUGCUGAUUUUGUAUAAAGGACGGGCCUAGCGGAAUUCACAAUGUCGAGCGCAUUUUGUAUUAUACCUGUAGUCGGUGAAAUGGGGAGAAAGCGGACGGAGAGAGUAAGCCAGGCGUCAAGGCGUGUGAUUAUGUUUACUUUUCGUAUUUCAAGUUUCCCGUGAGUUGUUUGUUUGAUUGAUAUGAAAUUUUGUAAAUAUGGAUUUUCUUUCCGAUGAUGUGUACAAAGAAGGAUUGAAUUCGGUCUACGUGAGAAAUGAUUGAUUGAUUGUUUAUAUGUAUUUAUGUUUCCUGAUAAAAAUUUUUAGUGAUAAAGAGAUUUAUAUUUAUUUUAGGAGUUAAGUUCACUACGAUGAGUAUUUCAAAGUGGAAAAUAAAAUGUGUAUAUUUUGAA